UCUCUAUGAAAACAUCACACAUGGUAAAACGCUCCAAUGUUGGAUUUACCUGAAAAUAACAUCGAAGAUAUCGAGGAUCUCAUCUGCGAAGACGAUGUGAAACCUCGUGAUCGCUAUAAAAAUAAAAAGAAUGUGUCCGUUCGGCCCAAGAAGCGCGCAACAGUAGUUGGCAGCGAUGCAGAUAUGCACGCAUCGGAGCGGCAAUUGCCAGAGAGGAAAAUUUACGAGAGCGUUAUCCCUGGAACCCAGACCGUAUAUGUGAAAACAUGGGGCUGUGCACACAACAACUCUGAUUCGGAAUAUAUGGCUGGACAACUUUCUGCAUUUGGCUACAAGCUAACAGACAACAAAGAAAAUGCCGAUCUUUGGUUACUCAACAGCUGUACAGUGAAAAACCCCUCUGAGGAUACCUUCCGAAAUGAAAUUCAAUCUGGUAUGUCUAAUGGAAAACAUGUCGUUGUAGCAGGAUGUGUACCACAAGGCGCACCGAAGUCCGAUUACCUACGUGGCCUGUCGGUAAUUGGUGUUCAGCAAAUAGAUCGCGUAGUUGAAGUGGUAGAAGAAACGUUGAAGGGUCACAGCGUACGCCUCUUGCAGAAUAAAAAAGAGCAAGGUAAACGUGUAGCCGGUGCGCGUUUAGCGCUGCCAAAAGUGCGUAAGAAUCCUUUAAUCGAAAUUAUACCAAUCAACACUGGUUGUCUUAACCAGUGCACUUACUGUAAAACAAAGCAUGCUCGUGGUGAUUUGGCCAGCUACCCGCCCCAGGAGAUUGUAGAACGUGCGAAACAAGCUUUCACUGAAGGAUGCUGCGAAAUUUGGUUGACAUCAGAAGAUACUGGCGCAUACGGAAGAGACAUUGGCACUUCACUGCCAGAACUGUUGUGGCAACUGGUUGAAGUCAUACCUGAACAUUGUAUGCUGCGAGUAGGCAUGACAAACCCACCUUACAUAUUAGAACAUCUGGAGGAAAUUGCAAAGGUGCUAAAUCAUCCAAGGGUAUACGCUUUUCUUCAUGUACCAGUCCAAAGUGGCAGCGACUCGGUAUUGGGCGACAUGAAACGUGAAUAUUGUCGAAGCGAAUUUGAACAUGUCGUUGACUUCCUUCGUGUGCGGGUACCCGGUAUCACCAUAGCCACUGACAUAAUUUGUGGUUUCCCAACCGAAACGGAGGCAGACUUCGAAGAGACAAUGACAAUGUGCGCCAAAUAUCGUUUUCCUAGCCUUUUUAUAAACCAAUUCUUUCCACGACCCGGUACGCCCGCGGCCAAAAUGCAACGAAUACCAGCACAUUUGGUAAAGAAACGGACUAAGCAGCUGACGGAUUUAUUUAAUAGCUAUUCGCCAUAUUAUGGUCGCGUGGGUGAGGAAUACACAGUGUUAGUAACAGAAAUAUCACACGACAAGCAACACUAUGUUGGACAUAAUAAGAGAUACGAACAAAUUUUGCUACCUAUGCGGGAAAAUCUACUGGGCACCGCGGUUCGCGUACGCAUUACAGGUUCCAGUAAAUUUAGUAUGAUUGCAGAAAUCAUUGACAACGAAUCUGAUUGGACACGUUGUACCGUAAAACCAGAACGAAAUGGCCAUAUUAAAAAUGGUAAGAUCAAUACAGAAAGUGAUAAAGAGGACCUUGUAGGAAAGUACGUUGGUUUUGGGUUAAUAUUAAUAUUUAUCGCUUUAAUGUUACAGAUGUUGAUGAAGUUUUUGUAGUAUUUAUACGACAAUAAAGUGGUGGCACUGUAAACUACAUA